AUGAGUGGUCAAUCUCAACACAGCAGUGGCACUGCAUAUCGCAAAAGACAACCCCUAGGGGAAAUCACCAACACCUACAGAGUGAAGAAUAGCGGCUCCGACAUCAAGCAAGUCAAACAAGCUCUUUACUUCCCUCACCCUACUGAGAUUCAGAAGAAUAUCUACCCCCAGGGCAGUUAGUACAGCUCACAUCACAGUGGAAUUGCUUAAAUUCAUCAUUAAGUACCCCAAAACGAGAACUCUUAUGGAGUUAGAUCUUAAUUAGCUCAACACAUCUAACAACAACAAAACAUUUCCAGCCUCUUCGUAGCUCAGUAAAGCUUCCCCUAAGCCAGCGACUACUACUUGCAGUCAAGUCAGCCAGUCCAAUUCCAAACCAAGAAUGAAAGUAGCACCAAUUCCUCCAUGAUUGCAGGAAACAGCUCCAUGAGCCAGAGCAACAGCUCCUGCAAGAAGAGCUAGGCCCUAGCUUUAAAGACCGAUAAAACCAAGUACAAGACUGAGAUGUGUAAGAACUGGAUUGAGAUUGGAGUCUGCAGAUACGCAAACAAAUGCCAAUUCGCCCACGGAGACUAAGAGCUCGUUGAAAAAUCUCAACCCAUCAAUGCCAAGUACAAGUCUAAGAUAUGCACGACCUUCCAAGAGAAGUUGUUCUGUCCCUACGGCAAGAGAUGCCUCUUCAAGCAUGAGGACAGGUCUCUAGAAGAAGUACAAGUGUUUAAGCACCUCUAUACUAUUCAAUUUUUCCCUGAGAAGUUAUUAGAGGCUUUGAAUGCUGCUACAAGCAACGAUUCAAAUAAAUCAAACAACUGCUGCAGCGACCCCUCUGGUGUCAGAAGACUCAAAAUUUUCCAGUAAGUGACUUCUGACCAAGUUAUAAUGAACAGCAGCUUGUAAUACUAAGUAUAAACAGGCUAAAAUGAGUUUAACUAGCACAUUUAUGAGACCCCUGUUAAGAUACAGGCGCCCUCACCUAAACUUUCAAAUAUGCAUUCCCUUAAGACUGAUUUCCAAUCAUCUAUUGGAGGCGACGACAUGGUUACCGAUGAUGAGGACGAAGGGUUUUUCUCAGGAGACCACACAUUUUCCUCAUUCCUUGAUGAACUGUGCGGCCCCUUCUAAGGUCAAGACAAGGACCUUAAUUUAUUAAGUUAUAAGCCCCCAAAGAAGAGCAAUCACAAAAGCAGCUAAAAUUUUUAUGCCCCCAGAGGGCACAAGGGUACCCAAGAGCCCCAUUUUUUUAUUCAGAGGAACAAUUUACCUCCUCUUAUUGAAUGA